UGAAGCUGCCAAUAUAUCUGGUUGGCAUUACAAGCAUGACUGUACUGAAUUUGAAUUUAUCCAAGAAAUUGUUGAAGAGAUCUGAAAUUUUAAAUUAAAUCGGAUGCCAUUAUUUGUUGCUCAAUUCCCUAUUGGAAUAAAUUCUCGCGUAGAGGCCAUAAUAUUGCAAUUAGAAAUUGGGUCAAAUGAUGUUCGUAUGUUAGGUAUGUAUGGCCCCGGUGGAGUGGGUAAAACAACCAUUGCAAAAGCUGUUUAUAACAAAAUAUUUGAUCAUUUCGAAGGAAGUAGCUUUUUGGAAAAUGUUAAAGAUAAGUCAGGGACAUUUGAUGGCACUAUCCAACUGCAAGAGAUACUUCUUCGUGAGACCCUAGGGAUGAAUGGACAACUGAAGGUGUGCAGUGAAUCGAAAGGAACCAUUGCAAUAGAGAACAUACUUCGCAAUAAAAGAAUUCUUCUAAUUCUUGAUGAUGUCGAUAAAUUAGACCAAAUAGAAAGAUUGAUUGGAGGAUGUAAUUGGUUUGCUUCUGGAAGUCGAAUAAUUGUAACAACAAGAAAUAAACAUUUGUUACAAACUUUAAGAAUACGUCAUUCGACUUACAAGGUUAAGGGAUUAGAUGAUCAUGAAGCUCUUGAACUAUUUAGUAUGCAUGCCUUUCAUAAAAACAAACCCGAGGAAGAUUAUUCAAAACUUACUGAUCAGGUUAUAUGUUAUGCCAAGGGCCUUCCAUUAGCUCUAACAAUAAUUGGUGCCAAUUUGCGUGGAAGAAGUGAAAUGGAAUGGAAAAGUGCAUUAGAUAAGUACAAAAUGAUUCCUGACAAAGAUAUUCAAAAAGUACUCCAAGUAAGUUAUCAAGGAUUGGAUGAAACGGAGCAAGAUAUUUUUCUCGAUCUUGCAUGUUUCUUCAAGGGUCUUUACAAGGAUUAUGUUGUAGAUAUACUAAAUUCUUGCAAUCUAUACCCAUUUAUUGGUAUUAAAAAUCUUAUAGAUAAGUGUCUCAUAACUGUUGAUCAAUUUAACAAAUUAUGGAUGCACGACUUGCUACAACAAAUGGGUAGAGAGAUUGUUCGACAGGAGUCACCAAAAAUACCUGGAUUACGUAGUAGACUAUGGUGUUAUAAGGAUGCUUUUGAAGUACUAACAGAAAAUAAGGGAUCUGAUAACAUUCGAGGCAUAACGAUAAUCUCGCCUGAACCAACAAAGUUGCAAUUAAAAGCUAAUUGUUUUGAAAAGAUGGGAAAUCUCAAGUUCCUUUUGGUUGGUAAUGUUGAUACUUGUGGAGAUCUUGAAUAUCUUCCCAAUGGAUUAAGGGUGCUUGAUUGGUCUAGGUUUCCAUCAUCUUCCCUACCAUCCAAUUUUCGUCCUCACAACCUUGCUGUACUUAACAUGCCACAAAGUCCUGUUAUAUUGGACAAGAUUUUCAAGAGUAUACAAUACAAAAGCUUGACAUAUACGAAUUUCAGUUUUUGUCAAUACAUUACAAAAUUACCGAACUUAUUGAGUGCCGCCCCAAACAUAAAGGAAUUGAAUCUCCGUGGAUGUCAAAAAUUAGUCAAGGUUCAUGACUCUAUUGGAUGUCUUGCUAAGCUUGAAAGUUGGGACCUCAAGGGUUGCUUUAAACUUCGAAUUCUUCCAAGCUGCAUCUCAAUGAAGUCUCUUAAACUUUUAAAUCUUUUUGGGUGCGAAAGGGUUAAGAGGUUGCCCGACUUUCCACAAGAAAUGGAAAAUUUGAUGUAUUUGAGUCUGGCAGAAACUUCCAUUAGAGAGCUUCCUCCAUCAUUCAGGAAUCUCACUGGGCUUGAGCGAUUAGAGUUAGGUCACCAUUUCAAUUUUUGCCAUCUUCCAAGAAGCAUCUAUCAAUUGCAACAUCUUCGCAUACUCCAGCUUUAUGGUUAUGACCAAUUUUCAGUGGGUGUGGGGACCUAUAAUUUGCAGCAAUAUUUGUCAAAUUCUGGUUUUCCGAGGUUGAAUUUUCUUAAAAAGUUGACUUCUUGUUUCACCCCUCCAAAGAAAUGUUUAUUAUCAAGGAGUGAAGAUUUGAGCCUCCAAGAAAGCAUUGUCAAAUUCAGUAGAUUAAAAUUUCUUCUAAUUAGGGAUUCCAAGUUCCUUCAAAAAAUUCCUAAGCUUCCAGAAAGUGUAACAGGAGUAUGCGCAAUAAAUUGCUUCUCGUUGAAUUCAGAAUCAGUAAAAGAAUUAUUCCUUCAGUUUAGAAGAAAGUUAGAGCUUCCACAAAAUACAAAAUAUGGAGACAACAUUUUAAUGGAUUCUAAUUCACAGCGCAAAUUACCGCAUCAGGUUGAUUACUCUAUCAAGAUUGAUUACUCUCUCUUCCGCUACAAGCCCCCACACACUCUACGUGAGUUUCUGAUAGAUUCUACGAGGGAGUAUGGAGAGUCAUAUGAUAUUACAGUAACAGGAAAGAAGAUUCCAAAGUGGUUCAACCAUCAAAGUAUUGAAAAUUCCAUAUCAUUUUGGAUUGGUCCUAAAUUUCCAACAAUUGCGGUUUGUUUCGCUUUUCAUCUAGUUCCGUUGAAGGAUAGUGAUGCUAAUAAUGAUAAGUACGGUUCUAUUCGUGAUGAUAAAAUCAGUUGGAAUUGUGAUGUCAACAUUUUCACCAACGGACAUACGCAACCUUUCACGCUGUGUAGGCACUUUCGCUCUAUGAAGUGUGAUCAUUUGUGGUUUUACUGCGAUUCUCGUAGCAAAUUACAGCAGGAUUUCGGAAAAAUGAUGCCAGUUGAUCGGAAUCUUGUUGAGGUUUCAUGUAAAAUCUCUUCGUGGAGUAGUAGAAACGGAAAAUUCGCUCCUGUGAUUGCAAGGAUGGGGGUACAUGCAGAAUGCAUUUAUCAUCCUCCAAAUUCUGUUAUCAUCGAUGACAACUCUCAAAAUGUUGAUGACAACUCUGACUACUCUAAAAAUGUUGAUGACAGUUCUGAUGACAACUGA